ACCAAGCCGAAAUCCUAGAUGUUAUGGAGCCAAACACCUCCUCCUACUCCGCCGCAGUGACUUCCUCUCCAAUCAUCCAGCAAGGAUGACUUAUAAAACAAUUUGAACAACCAGCUCCAUUUCUUUCCUCUUUUGGUUGCUCCAUGACUCGAUUCAGACCCCCCGGUCGGCUCCCAUCCCGGCCCUCCUCAAGCAGCACCCUUCCGCCGCAAACCCUCCGCCCUCCUUGCAUUCGCACCACAAGCUGAAACCUAGCUGACAUGGAGCCGAACACCUCCUCCUGCUCCACCACCGUGACCUCCUCUACAAUCGUCGAGCAAGAGCGAGUAAACUCCUCACAUGCCAAGAUCCUCUUCUCGCCAUCAUCAUCCUUCUGGCCGCUGUCUCAUGGUCUCAUAUCUUCGACUGGCUCCGGAUCCGGGGCGUCGACAGUGGGGGAUUGCUCUCUCUCCAUCCAUGAGCACGCGACAUUGCAGUCCCUACCCUCAUCCUUCUUGCACGCCACGCGCGACACGGUCCACAUGACUGGGGAGGAUAUUUCCAAUAGUCUUAGAUCACCGGUGGCCACCCCUUCCAUGAUGCCGCUCGAUGACGAGCCGUGGAACGGGUUGGUUCCACCAUCCUCGUGGACUGCCUUGGGAUUGUCCACAAGCCCCAGCCAGGGCACCCCCUCGUGGUUUGCUGGCCAGUCGGCGGCGGCAUUGUUGGAGCAGAUCUCGGCAUGCCCAAAGAGGGAGAUGUCCUUGUCACCAUGGAAACUCGUCCAUGGGCAUCAACAAUUAUUCCAGCUCUAUGCCAAAGCUAUUGCAGCCACUGCCACCAUCAUCACUAAGGACGGGUGCUAGCAGCAGUCGCAGCCCUACCGCAAGGGUCAUUUUCACUGAUGCUGAGAUGGAGAUCAUCGGGAAGGAAAAGAACUUGCAGGAGCUUGUGAACACAGAACCCAAGAAGGUGAAGAGGUUGCUAUCAAACCGGAUAUCUGCAGCAAAGAGAAGGGCGGUCAAGGAUAUCCACACCCUUGAGCUCGAACUAAAGGUUGAGACACUACAGAGCAAGUACAACAUGUUGUUUGCAGAAUUUCAGUUGCAGCAGGAGCAGUGUGCUGAGAUCGAUAAACAGAACAAGGAGAUGAGAAUGGUGAUGCAGGAGCUGGAGCGCCAGGUGGUGCUCAAAGAUGUUGAGCCCAGAUAUGAUUCAAUUGCAGCAGUUACAAAUACAAGAGCAACUAUCAACAUCAGCAAGCUCCGAUACAACAUUUAUGCCACAAAGCUGAUCAAUUCAUGGGUGAACAACCACACCCGGACUUCUAGAUUUGUUUCUCAAACAUCUUGA